AUGAGUGCAACUCCACACCUUUUCUUAGAAUCUUUUGACCCUGAACCUGAAAGGACCUUUAGAGUUAGGAGACGAACCCAGAGAGCAACUAUGCAGAUCCCACUUCUAGAUUUUGAAGAAAAGGAGGAUUUAGGAAGUGUAAAUGGGAAUGAAGGAGGCCAUGCGAGGAUAGAGAACCCACCAAUAAUAGAUGACAAUAAUAGGUCCAUGAUGGACUUCAUCAUACCUGUGUUGGAUGAGUUAGACCCAAGUAUUGCCCAACCUGUUAAUGGAGUGCCCUUUAAGUUAGAACCUGUGAUGUUCACCGUGCUCCAAAAUAUGGGGCCGUUCCAUAGUCUGCUGAUGGAAGACCCACACAAGCACCUUAGGAAUUUCAUAGAAGUGGCCAACACUUUUAGGAAUCCCAACAUCUCAGAUGAUGUACUAAGAUUGAAGCUCUUCCCUCACUCACUGGCUGAUAAAGCUAAAGAGUGGUUGAACUCCCUUCUAUCCAACUCCAUCACCAAUUGGCACACAUUGGCUGAAAAAUUUAUCAUGAAAUUUUUCCCAUCCAACAAGAUAGUGCAAACCCGAUGUGAUAUCAUCAACUUCAUGCAAAAGGAUGGUGAGACCCAAGAGGAUGUGCGGGAGAGGUUUAAAAUCCUUCUUAAGCAAUGUCCCAACCAUGGCUUGCCCUCUUGGGCAGUGCUACAAACCCUUUACAACAGCCUUAACACUCAAAAUAGAGCCUUAGCAAAUUUUGCUGCUAAUGGCAUGUUUAUGUCCAUGUCCUUUAAUCAUGCUCACGAGUUGUUGGAAAAAAUGACUCAAAAUUAUGCCCAAUGGCCUGAAGAGAGAAAUCAGUCAAGGAGAGUGGCUGGUUUACAUGAGGUAGAUCAUGUAACAGCCCUUUCAGCCAAGUUUGAUGCAUUAUCCACUUUAGAAAAAACCCAAGGACAAGCCAUUGAGGCAUGGUUGUCUCAACCUCAAGUUCCAGUACCCCAACCUCAAGUCAAUUCUAUGAACACAGGUUGGAGGCAGAAUCAACAGCCCCAAUAUUUCCAAGGGCAAGGGCAGCAAGCUGGACCCUCUAAUGCCCAAACCAGACCACAUUUUCCUCCUCAAAAUUUCCAACAACCUCAAAGGCAGCAACCUGCUGCUCAGUCUUCUGCACCAUUUACUCAAAACCAAGUUGUUGAGAUGUCUACCUCUUCAACCUCUUCCUUAGAGGCUUUGUUGAGGGAGUAUUUGGUUAAGAAUGAAACUAAGCAAAAUAGCUUGGAAGCUGUUGUACAAAGUAUUCCUGCAUCUUUGAGGAAUUUAGAAUCCCAACUAGGCCAUUUAGCAAAUACUUUGAAUAGCAGACCCCCUAGUACUUUUCCUAGUAACACUGAAGAGCCUAAGAGGAAUAAUGAGCAAUGUCACAUGACAGAGCUUAGGAAUGGCAGAUCUGUGAAUCAGCCAGAAUCUGUGCCCCAAGGGGCUGAAAAUAAUAAUCCUCUGCCUGUUCUGGUUGAACCAGAAAUUCAGACCCCAAUAAACCCAUCUUUAGGGAAUAUUUCCAUGGAAAAAUCCAUUCCAAAGGGUCAAACAUCUAAGCCAAGUAUUGAGACACAUGCUGCCUCAAAUAGACUUCCACCACCUUUUCCCCAAAGGUUGCAAAAACAAAGGCAAGACAAUCAAUUUAGGAAAUUUCUAGAUCUCCUAAAACAGUUGCAUGUCAACAUUCCAUUCGUGGAUGCAUUAGAACAAAUGCCCACUUAUGUGAAAUUCAUGAAAGAAAUUCUUUCAAGAAAAAAGAGGCUAGAAGAAUUUGAGACUGUUUCUCUUACACAAGAGAGCAGUCUAUAUUUGCUUAGCAAAACACCUCCCAAAUUAGGAGAUCCAUGA